AUGGAGAACGACUCCUCUAGGCGCAACCGCCUAAUGAAGAAGUUCUUCCAUGGCAAAGACUCGAAACCCGACGGCACCCAACAGACCGACCUCGACGACUUCCUCCAUACUUCCUCCUCCGAUACUCUCGACGUCACCCAUCCCGUCCCCCCUCCUCCAGUUCCGUCUAGUCGAGUUCUUCCUAAACUAAACAUCUCUAACGCCUCACGAUACCCCCAAGCCUUGGCCCUAGACCAACCUAACCAGGGCCUCCCCAUACGCCCGCCGCCUCACAGCCCCGGCCUUGUGUCCAAUCGCCGGCCAGUACCCAAUAGGAAGGGACAGUUGGUGCGAUUUGUAGACUCAUGGCCCGAUAUUAUCGGCGAAGGUGGAGAUGAAUGCCCGGACCCUACAAUCGAGGUUUCCCGAAGAAAGUCGAAGAGAAAUAAUGCGCCUCCGCCGCCCCCUUCGCCUCGUAAUCCAGCCAGAUUAGCCCAGUCUCAGUCUGACCUCAGUGACAAGGGCAGAUCCACGGACUCCCUGGCCCCUCCGCCAUCUCAGCAUUUGCAACCAGGUUCUCCUUUACCCCCUGGCUCGUCGGGAGAGCAGCGUAACAUCCUCACCCCCGGAAAUGCGGCAUCCUCUAGGUAUCUGGAUACCUCUCGGCCGAAGGAUGAGAACCGUCGAUCCUUUAUCGAGAUCCAGCAAGCCGAAAUGAGACAGGCUGAAGGGAGGGCAUUCGCAGAGGCCGCUAGAUCAGGCUCCGCGACUAGUGAGCGAAGCUGGGACGAGUCAUCUCGACAGGACGAGCAGAGCCCCCAGAAGCGGCACGAAUCACCCAGGUUCCGAAGCGUUCAACCGACUGUCGACGCCGGCCGGGACCAGUACUACCCGUCCCAGCACGGAGGAACCCAAAGUCCAACCUCGCUUAACUCCACGAGCUCCAGCGUCUACAGCCAGCCUUCCUCGCUUACCCAGGGAAGUGUCUCGCGUCAGGGUAGUCUUGUUACGCCCAUGAUGCCUGCGCAGCCGCCGGCCUCCCCAAAUGCCUUUUCGUUCUCGAGACAGGCUAGCGUUCUCAAUCAGCAGGACCCGUUCGGCGGUGCUCACCGCUCACAAUCGGUGAGAAUGCAUGAUGUCGUCCAAGCUGCGGCAGAGGACGCCCUCAACACCUUCGUUGCUCGAGUCAGGCAUUUAUUCGAACUCUUCCGACUUCAUGCUGAGGCAGUGAGGCCAAUUUCUUCGUCUGCGCCGGAUCAGUUUUCGCGUGCCUCUCUCUGGUGGUUCAUCAAGGGAAGAAUGGGUCUUGAAAUGGUUAUCCGAAGUCGCGACGUUCCCCCACAGUCUCAGAUGCAGCUUGAGAUGGACCGCCAGCAGGCAUACGCUAACCUUGCCAAGGGAUAUUGGAUUUCUGAAUUGGCCAUACCCGAGCUCCUCGAGGCUCGAAAUCUUCGUCUCGGCGCUGACGAGGAGGAUGCCCGUCAGGCGCUUCUUUCGAACCUCAGGAAGCUCACCAUCUCGAUGAAGAGGAAUAACCUUCUGCCACCGGAAGAGGCGUUUCUUCCUCAGACAAUUGACAAGUCCAUAUGGGUCGAAUACCCAGCACUCAGUCAGGAUGUCGUGGCUCUCUUAACAGGCGCGGCCGGCUCUGGAAUGACAAUGACACAGCACACCGGUCCCCAGAUGUCGAUUAUCGAGUCGUUGCCCCUCGGGGAUGUUGGGGAAUACUUCAACUACAGCCGUAUCGCUGUUGACGCGUACCUCAUGGAGCAAGGGAUGGAGUCGCAACGCGUGACUCUACCUUGUCUUCUCUCCACCAUUCGUCCUCAGAAUCAGUCAAGCCUAUCCUUUAUCCUGUCGAGUCAGAGUGGUCAGGUCCAACUAAGAAUCCAGAGUAACAAGAGUUUGGGUCCAACGUGGGAUGAUGUUCGUUGGGUCCCCGAGGCCAAUGUCCUCGAUGUGAGGCUUCCGCGUGGGUUCAAACUCGAUAUUCACUGCUCUCGACAAGACUUUACCAUGCUGUGGAGCAUGUACGACUUUGGGCGAAAGGUCCAGGCGACGUUAUACCCGCGCUCUGAUGAGCUAGUGACCUUCCGAUCUACGCUGCCGGCGUUUGAAUAUCUCGACGCGGACCCUCAAUCCCGAUCGUUCCCCAAGGAUGCUCAAAUGAACUGUGAAGUGGCGCUCUUCGAGAAGGUCUACAAGGAGUCGGUCGCCGGCGGCACGCGCUGCUUGCACCGAGGAUGCCGUCUCGCCGUUGUGACAGGUCCGCAGACCAGGACACUCAGUGGUGUUAACCACGCAUACGUUCCGACUCAACCUAUCCAGUUCACCUUUCUCCGUGGAAACAGUGGCUUGCCGGCGUUACAUAUGCGAUUUGAUAACGGAAGACAAAAGGGCCAUAUGGUGCUUUCGUUUCACGACGAGAAAGAAAGACUGGAGUUUCACAUGAUCUUCACAGGCGCACGCGUUGCCAAUGAUGAGCUUGUAGUUGCCAAAGUACCCAUAGCCGGCUUCAAGAUUACUCAGAAACUCGGUGAAGCCGAAGGCGUAGCUGGUCUCGAGAAGUGUCCGUGGGCCACGGCCAAGAUUAUCAAUGAGGAGAAUGAGGGAGAUGAUCCGCGUACCGUUCUUUCAGACCGCAUGAGGGUAUGGAUGGAUUUCAAUGUCGGGACGAUAACGGACCGGGUCAAUAUGGCGCCAGGCGAAUUCAAGUUGCGGCUCGAAGUUGGAAACCCCAAGGUCUUGCACAUCCUAAGACAGCCUCAACAAGACUUGACAGUUGCGCUAUCCGAGUCCCACGUGUCAAAGGACGCGUGCGCAUCCGUUCAUCAGGGCUGGCAGAUCUUGUCGAAAACACAAUCGGUGCGAUCGUACACGUUCCAUACGCUCGAGGAUCUCCAUAUGUUCCAAGAAGGUAUGACUGGCUUCAAGGUCCUGUUCGAUGCCGUAGCCACAUCCUUUGCCAUAGCGCGGCGGCGCAUGGUGGUGCCAAUCCACAAGAAGUGGGAGGCAGGACGAACCCGAAUCCAGGUCGUGCAGCAAGACAAGAUCAUGCAAAUGCUAGUAUUCUUCGAGGACUUUCACCACGGGCAUUGCAUGGGGUUUGUGCUAAAGGGGACGGACGUCUUUGAGGUCUUUGGCCGAAGUAGCAAGGCGGGUCUAAGGAUUGUGGACGCCAAGUUCCCAUUGCCACGUGUGGACGACGGCCGUGGCGGGGCGGGGGGAGAACCUAAUGAUGUUGCCUUUAUCGAGAUACGCUCUGCCAACUGCUUCCAUCACCCGUAA